AUGGCAGAUACAGCAGUAGCUUCCGAAACUCCCGCUCCGGCGACUCCGGCGAAAAAACCGAAGGCCGCCGCUACUGCAGCAGGUGGUGCAAAGAAGCCCAAGGCGAAACCCACUCAUCCGAAGACUUCCGAAAUGGUCACCAGCGCAAUUAAAGAGCUGAAAGAGCGCAGUGGAUCAUCUUUGCAAGCGAUAAAAAAAUAUAUUGCCGCUCAAUAUAAAGUCGACGCUGAAAAACUAGCUCCGUUCAUCAGAAAGUACCUGAAGAGCGCAGUCGAAUCGGGUGCGCUUAUACAGACAAAGGGCAAGGGGGCUUCCGGUUCCUUUAAGCUUGAAUCAAAAUCGUCCGCCUCUAAGAAACCGUCGACGGGUAAGAGCAGCGGUGGCGCAAAGAGCGGCGCGUCCGCCGCUAGCUCGGUGUCGGCGAAGGUGAAGAAGAGCACCGCCGCGGGUAAGGGUAAAAAGGCAGCAUCGGCAGCGACCGCAUCAUCACCGUCUAAGGCAAAACCGUCUGCAGCUACCAAGGACAAGAAGGCGGCCGCCGCGAAAAAGAAGCCGGCAGCCGCAAGAAAAUCCGCAACCGCUGGCCAAAGCGGCGUUUCUAAGGCGAAAGGCGCCGCUUCGAAGGCGAAAAAGAGCGCCAAACCAGCGACAAAGAAACCUAAGGCUCCAAAACCGAAGAAGGCGGCAACACCCAAAUCGAAGCCUUCCGCGGCGGCAUCGAAGAAGGCAGCCGCUUCUAAAAAGCUGCUGCGAAAGGGAAAUUAUGCAGAGCGUGUGGGUGCCGGCGCUCCGGUGUACCUGGCCGCAGUCAUGGAGUACCUCGCCACUGAAGUUCUAGAGUUGGCCGGUAACGCUGCUCGGGACAAUAAGAAGACCAGAAUCAUACCGAGACAUCUUCAGCUUGCCAUCCGCAACGAUGAAGAGUUGAACAAGCUCCUCUCCGGUGUGACGAUCGCCCAGGGCGGUGUACUACCCAACAUUCAGGCGGUCCUUCUUCCCAAGAAGACCGAGAAGAAGGCCUAA